AUGAAAGAGCAGUGGCCACACCUUAAAGACAUACCAUUCCCAAGUACUGGUAGAAAGAAGAAGAUAGAUUUACUGAUAGGUCUUGACUAUGCGCACCUUCAUAGGUCACUUGGAGAGAUAGUAGGUGGUGAUAGUAAACCAGUGGCUAGAUUGACACCACUUGGAUGGACAUGUGUUGGGCCAAUAAAUAGAGAAAAUAAUCAUCAUAGCACCAGCAUGUUUGUGUUUCAUGCUAAUAAUACCUUGGAGACUUCAUUGAAACAGUUUUGGGAACUUGAAAGUGAAACGGAGUGUAACCAAAUGUCACUAGAAGACAAGAAAGUGCAGGUUAAAAUAGAAAACAGUAUUGAACACAAAGACAAUAGAUACAUAGUUCCAUUGCCAUGGAAAUCAGAUAAAGAAACAUUACCUGACAACUAUAGUAGUGCCUUAAACAGACUAUAUGGUACUGAGAAAAAAAUGAAAAAAUCACCUGAAUUGAAGCAGGAGUAUAGUGACAUUAUAAGGAAAUAUGAAGAGAAAGGCUUUAUUAAGAAGGUUGAAAGAAAAGACAAUGAAAAAGGAUGGUAUUUGCCACAUUUUGCUGUAGUGAAGCCAGAAAAGGAGACAACAAAAUUUCGCAUUGUGUUUGAUGCAUCAUCUAAACAUGAAGGCACAAGUUUGAAUGAGUACCUAAGUACAGGUCCAAAAUUGCAAAGAGAACUGUUAGAUGUGUUGCUAAGGUUCAGAAGAAAUCAGAUCGCAGUUGUCUGUGACAUAGCGGAGAUGUAUUUGAAAGUUGGCCUAGCAAGUGAGGAUGAAAAAUACCAAAGAUUCCUAUGGAGAGAAUCACCAGAAAGCCCCAUCGAAACAUUUGAAUUCACACGUUUAGUGUUCGGAGUUAACUCAUCACCAUAUCUAGCCCAGUAUGUAUCUCAACAUAAUGCUGUGCUCCAUGCCGACAUAUAUCCGAUGGCGGCUGAGACAAUUCUGAAGUCUACUUACAUGGACGAUAGCAUGGAUUCUACGAAAAACGUGACAGAGGGAAUAUAA